AUGGAGAGCAUCCAGGGACACCUCAGACCUCCUGAAACAAAAGGCAGUGUUGAGUUUCAGCCAGGGAGGGCCGGCAUCGCCGCCGCAGCUGGAACCGAGGGUCACGGGGUCAAACCCCGUCAGCUGACCCCUUUCUCUUCGUCUUUCAGUGCAGAAGUACUGGAGCCUAACAUUUCGGAGAGCCGGAGCGAGCGCAUGGACCUCCUGGUAAAGCAGGAGGAGGCCGCAGCGGGGGACAGCGGGUUUCUGUCCGGUGAGAGGGACGAGGUCGUGGCACAGGAGAGAGGGGGCUCGGUCGCUAAUCUGCGUGCCGCUCUCAUGAGCAAAAACAGCUUGUUAUCUCUGGGGGCGGAGAUGCUUGGAGAGGAGAACCAACUUCUGUUCGACUACUUGCCCAAGGGAGGACACUCUCUCUCCCUUAAUGACUUCACGGUGAUCAGGAAGAAGUUUAAGUGCCCAUACUGCAGUUUUUCCGCCAUGCACCAGUGCAUCUUGAAGAGGCACAUGCGCUCGCAUACGGGUGAGAGGCCGUAUCCCUGUGAGAUCUGCGGGAAGAAGUUCACCCGGAGGGAACACAUGAAGCGCCAUACUCUGGUGCACAGCAAGGACAAGAAGUAUGUGUGUAAAGUGUGCAGUCGUGUCUUCAUGUCUGCCGCCAGCGUGGGCAUCAAGCACGGUUCUCGCCGCCACGGCGUCUGCGCAGACUGCUCGGGAAGGGGCAUGGCUGCCCUGUUGGACCAAAACGGGGAGGACGGUUCCCCGGAAGAAGAGCUCUUGUAUCCCGGUGACCACCGUUUCCCUGACGACACCGCCGAUGGUGACGGGGAGGAUGAGAUGAUGGGAGAGGCGGAGCUGAUGGGAGAUGGCGACGGGGAUGAGGAGAAUGGGAAAUGGAGGGCAGGCUCAGGGAUGUCUCAGCGAGACGAUGGGAAAGAGGAGAGCGACUCGGCUCUGGAGGGAGACGCCAGGGCAGGAAGCGAGAAAGACUUCAGUUGGAUCUCUUAGUCUUAGAGCCUAGACCGAGAUCAACCACCUGUUCCUGCAAGGAGAUACGCUUAAGGUGGGCCAAUCGGAUUUCCUUGAGUCGGAGAUCCUUGAGAUGCCCGCAAGGCUGCCAGAGGAGAGACGGUGGAGAGUCUUUUCGCCAGGACUCUGUGUGCUUCUGACCCAGGCUUUGGUUUGUCGUCUCCUUUCUUCCUACGUGAGGACCAAACGGGUUUCUGUGUAUGUGUUUGCUAUUUUCUCAGACAAAAGAGAUUGAAGAUCGUCCAAAAUCUGUACCGAUGGGUCGAAAGUGUACGAAAGUGUGCUCUUGCCAUACGGUCAGUCACCACCAGAGGGCGCUGGCUUAUCAGUUAAAGAGGAGGUCACAUCGGAAGACUUGCAUCGUUCUUUUUGGCACAUUGUUGAAACUGCAACAGACUUGCACUUUAAAAAAAUAAACAUUGACUAUUCGAUUCCCUGUUUCUGUGGUUUACAUUUUUAUUCCGAUUUAUAAAUAUAUAUAAAUAUAUAUAUAUAUAUAUAUGGUGACCGCACCUACCUUUAAGGAUAUACAGUAUGUCCUUAUGACUGUUAUGUAUGGACAUUUGUGCUAGGUUUGCUAAUUAUAAUGUAUGCCUUGUAAUGUUUUAUUUCGUUGCAAUUUUCUUUUCUUUAAACAUUUCUAUCAGUGAGGGAAAAUCAUGUAUAUAGAUAAAUCUAAGUGAAACGUUUCAUUUAUGUCUUUUGGGGAAAGAUGUGCAAACACUAUGCAGAAACAAAACAUUUCUAGUUCUCAACAAUCUAUUAUGGGAGAGAAAACGUCUUCAACAGGGAGACUGGAUGAGAGAGAAAAUAGACUUAAUGGGAAUAUUACUUUUUGUCCCGCUGUAAUAUUUCCUCAUUAUUUGCAUUCCAUAGUGGACACUGUCAGGGAUAGGUUCGGUUUUAUACAGAGGCUUUUCAGUGUGCCGUGUUUCUUAAAAAGCAAAAAAACAAA